CUGUAGCUCUUUGACUUGAUGGAAGGUUACACAGGAAAGAGUAAUGUUUGACAGCGCUAAUAGCUCCGGUUUGAUUGGGGAUAGUUUAUUCAGUUGACGAAAUUCGCUAUAUUAUAAAAUGAGUGAUCGCGAUUAUGCUCCCCUAAGUUUAGCUUGUGUCAGAGCUUUAAUCGACAAGCAGUAUGAUAAACGGAAAGCUGCGGCUUCAGAAAUUGAGAAGAUGGCUAAAGAAUUUGUAGUUGUAAAUAACACAGGUCAAAUAAGAAAGCUGCUCAAGGUGCUAGGAUAUGAAUUUACAAUGUCCCAGAAUCCUAAUUUCCGUAAAGGUGGCUUGAUAGGAUUAGCUGCUGUUGCUAUAGCCCUUGGAAAGGAUUCAUCAGAAUAUGUAGAAGCACUAAUAAGACCAAUUUUAACCAACUUUUCUGACAAUGACUCUAGAAUAAGAUACUAUGCCUGUGAAUCACUAUACAAUGUUGUUAAAGUUGCACGGGGAUCAGUUUUACCUUACUUCACUGAAAUAUUUAAAAACCUUAGUAAGUUGGCUGCAGACCAUGACCAAGCCGUUAAAAAUGGAUCUGAACAUCUCGAUAGACUUUUAAAGGAUAUUGUUACAGAAAAUGCAACUUUUGACUUAGUGGCAUUUAUGCCCCAUUUGAGAGAACGUCUGUAUUCUAAAAAUACUUUUUCCAGACAGUACAUAAUUUCUUGGGUUUCUGUUCUUCAUGCUGUUCCUGAAAUAGAACUAAUUUUAUUUCUGCCUGAUAUCCUUGAUGGACUUUUCAAUAUGUUAAGUGACCAAAAUAUUGAAAUUAAAAAAAUGUGUGAAACAGUAUUAAAAGAAUUUUUAAGGAGUAUCAAUAAGGACCCUACUCGUGCUGAUUUUAACUUAAUGAUAAAUGUUCUAAUUUUGCAUGCGCAGAUGCAUGAUGAAUUACUGCAGUACACAUCUUUAACAUGGAUACAUGACUUCAUAUGUCUCUCCAAAAAAGUUAUGUUGCCUUAUACAUCUGGGAUACUAUCUGCAAUUCUUCCUUGCCUUGCUUACGAAGGAGAAUCAAAGAAACGUUUAAAAGAAGUCGCUGAGAAAGUUAAUACACUUUUAAUGGGUCUAAUUGACACUUCUAUUGAUACAGCUGAAGAAGAGGAUAACCAGCAAUUGGAUCUUCAUUCCGUUCUUGAAGUAUUAACUAAACAAUCAAUCCAUACAUCAGUUAAAACUAUUAUUGCAUCAUUAAAAUGGAUUUAUCACCUUCAUACUGGCAUUCCUAUAAAAAUGGAAUCGGAGAUGGAAACCGUUUUCCCAAUUUUGUUAUGUUCUCUUAAAGACCAAGCGGAUGAUGUUGUACAGCAUGCCAUUUAUGUAUUAGCACAAUUUGUAUCACCAAAAGAGGAAGGUCCUGGGAAGUCUGAACCAUCUCCUUAUUUUACUAGAGUAUUGGUCAGUUUAUUAAAUCUUUUUAGAAGAGACAGGCAGGCUUUGGAAGAUAGAGGAUCAUUUAUUAUAAGACAACUCUGUGUUCUUCUCAAUGCAGAAGAGAUUUAUAAAAGUAUAGCGAAGAUAUUGAAGACUGAAACAGAUUUAAAGUUUGCACGUGUCAUGGUUGAUACGUUAAAUACAAUAUUAUUGACAUCUUCUGAACUCUUGAAUCUCCGAAACCGUCUAAAAACUGAGGGAAGUGAAUUACUCUUCAAAACUCUUUAUGAAACAUGGUGCCAUAAUCCUGUUGCAACAAUUGCGCUUUGCCUUUUAACGCAAAACUAUGCUCAUGUAGCUAAUUUAAUAACAACGUUAUCUAAUUAUGAAGUAAGUGUUGAAUUUUUAGCUGAGGUGGAUCGUUUAGUUCAACUUUUGGAAUCUCCAAUAUUUAUAUAUUUGCGAUUGCAGCUGUUGCAAACUCCUGAAAAUUACUAUUUAAUUAGAGCUAUGUAUGGCUUGUUAAUGCUUUUACCACAAUCUGAAGCUUUUCAUGUGCUACGGCAUAGAUUAGAUUGUAUUCCGAGACAUAUAAAUUGCAUUCAAAGAUCUGAUGUCAAUUUUGAGGAUGGGAACAAAUUUAAAAGAAUGAAUUUUAAUGAGUUGUUGGAACAUUUUAAAAAAAUUCAAGAUAAUCAUGCUCACCAAAGACUUUCUGAAAGAAGUGAUGCUCUAUUCAAAACUAGUGUUAAAAUGUUGAAUCCUUAGUAAAGCUAUUAUGUCUUCGAAGUUACCAUUUGGACUUAAAAUAUAGUUUUGUUUAUAAAGUUCUAACUGUGAUAAAGUUUAUAAUUGUUUACAGUUUUCUGAUAGUAUUUUAUUAUAUUUGUACUGUCACAGGAAUAACCUAAUGUUGUGGUUCUACUUGUAUAGUAUUGAUAUUGUAUUUUUUGUUUUUAAAGUACAAAGAUUUAGUUAAUUUAAGAUAUGUAAAACUAUUGAAGUUUUUAGUUUUUUCCUCCAUAAAAUAUUUAAAGUUUAUUUUAUUUAAAAAUAUUAUUUUGUGAAAUUUAUAUUCAUAUAUUUACAUUGAAUAAUCUAUGUUUUUACUUUCAAUACUGCAUUCCAAAUGUAAAUAAAAUAAAGACUUUUCAAUUAACAUUUGAA